AUGUGCGGCGCCCAGCCAUACCACGAAGGCCUCUCCUGCGAGGAGCACCGAAAGAAAGAGCGGGCCAGAGGCGACGACGACAGCUUCAUGAAGUGGAUGAAGGAGACGGGAACCAAGCAGUGCCCCAAAUGUGGGAUGGCGACAUCCAAGGAGAACUUGGACUCCCAGACGGACCAAGUGGAGGAGUGCCACAAGAUGUUGUGCCGCAGCUGCGGCACCAAGUUCUGUUUCGGCUGCGGUGCUGUGCUCACGGAAACUUACACCUGCGGCUGCACGCAGAACGCUCACAACUUCGUGGACCCCCACACGGGCAAGCUCGUGAAGCACCUUCAGAAGCUUCGAGUUGCGAAGGCCAAGGCCAAGGCCAAGGCAAAGUCCCGCUGGCCUCAAGUCUUUGCCGAACUCGGCGGGAAUCUGAUCCAGAGGGCCGUGCCGGGAAUGCGAACAGCAAGCCGAACCGCGCACGGUGACAGGAGCCCUGAAGCCUACUCUAAGAUUGGUCAAGCUGCCGGGUUGACGACCUGUCCACGUAAUGAUCCCUUCUGUCAGCUCGUGUCAGCUCUUCGUGGCAAAGGCUUCGCCCUGCCAUGCCGGCUUCCUGCCCGAGAGAGUGGCGAUCUGCACGCCAAGCGCGCAAAGAAGCUCGUGGCCUCAGCGGUGGAGAUAGUUUUGGUCUUCAGCAGUCGAUCCUUAUCGCCGCGCAGCGUGAUCGCCAGCUGCACAUCAGCCGCAGGCCUGGCGACCUCCGUGGCUUCCUCCUCACCGGCCCGCAGCCCUGCGCCAACGCCGGCGGUGGCCACAACUGUGGAGACCAAGUGGGCGUCCCCGUGCCACCGGUAUGUGCAACCUACGGUCAGGCAUGUGGUCGCAGGCAACUCGAGCCCUUGCAGAUACACGAUCGCGCCCGGCGAGCGAAGAUGCUACAGCCCGCAGGUUGUGCGGACAUACCAGUUCCGCCCAGCAGUGCCACGUCCGCAGACCCAAAUAGAUCCAGCGGCCACGCGAACCCAGGUUUGGCCGAACGUCGUCCAGGGCAUCCACUGCAUCUUUGGCGACGCGGGUGUGCCGCCCCCGCCGCUGAAGAACCCCACUUUGAGCAUCCUGAUCCGAGACUUCGAGAUGCAGAAUCCAGGGCUGGCCGCCGACUGGGAGGGCGACCUCAGCGCGUGCGGCCGAUGUGCGAAGCACAUCAGCUCCAUGCUUCUGGAGCUUGCCUUGGGCGACCGAAUCCUGGUGCCAUUGGCUCCUGGAGGGCCCAGCGUUCCUGUGUCCACGAACGGUCCCGAGGGUCGGCCCUCGCAAACAUGGCAGCAGGCCUUUUCGGCUUGCUGCCCUGCGCUGCGGGCCGCCCUGCGCCUCAGAAACACCGCCAAGGUCGAGGCCUGCUUCGCCCAAGCCAGCUGUUCCAAUUCUGGGGCCCUGGGCUGGCGGACAGGGGAGGUGCAGCGAUUCAUGCGGCUUUGCUUCGACUCCCUGGGCUUGCCGGCUCCCCUUUGCCACCCAGCGGUGUGGUAUCAGUUGCUCCGGGAGGUGACGACUGAUCCUGCAGCGCGGCUCCCAAAGGAGCUGGCGGGAGAAUUUCUGCAACUUUUUCUGGAGCGACUCCUCAGUUUCCAGUUGGCGCAACAGGAGACGGAGCCACAUGAAGAAGCGUUUUCACGACCUCAGGGGAGCAGAAAAGGACUGGAGCGUCUGUCUUUGGCAAGCACAAGGGCAGAGGACAUCGGCAAAGACAUCACGACCUUUGCUGGGGGCUCACGUCAGCAGCAAGCAGCUGACAAGAGCCCAAUCACUGCAAGCUGCCAUGCGUCAGCGCCUGCCAGCGUCAUCACCAGUGCCGUGGUCAAUGCGGGCACAGUUCUGGGCGACUCUGCGGCCAAGGUGAAGUUUUCGCCCCACGUCGUCAAGCUGGAUGAUGGCUCUUCAGUUCCUUCCACGAUGACACCAGGCUCCGGAACCGGACAGGAGCGCCGCGUCCUCGAGGACAUGAUCCCAAGCAGCGGAACGGUGGCGUCCCCCUCCAUGUUCACAGGGCCCGUGGCCUCGCCCCCACGCCAGUCCUUCGAGGUGAAGGAAGCCAAGAGCUCCCCCAAGGCUCCCAGUCCAGGUACCGGCGAGAUUCCCAGCCCCUCCUUUCCAGCCAGGGGCCCCUGCACCUCCCACUACAGCUUUGGGCCCUUGAGCUUCCAGAGGGAAGAGGAAGUACCAGCCCUGGGAUCACCUCCACAGCCGCCACAGGAGUUUCAAAAUUCUACCUCCACAACGUUGGCGGGAGUGCCCCACGCCGAGUUCUGCCAGUUCCUUUCACAAGGGAUACCUGCAGCAGAUGCCGAGAACCAGCCACCACCGACUGAAACGAGGCGGGAGCCCUACGAGGCGGAGGUUUGCCGACUCUUAGAGGCCGUGCAGGGUGCAUGCAGCGACUUGGCCCUGCGGCUCGAGCACCAGCGCCAGAUUGCGCCUGGACAGCCAGCGCCUGGAGCGCAGUGGUACGACAUGAGCACUCCGGCGCUGCCCCUCAGCACUUCGGGAAGUCUCCGGGUCGCAGCCGUGGGGGAUGACGUCGUCGAGGAUCCAUGCCCAAUGCUCAGGCCUCCCGCUGCCGAGGCCUGCUACCAGAGCUGGAGGUGA